CACACUCGUGGAAAUCCCGGGACGCGUGAAGUUGGCCGGAGCUGGCUCGGGCUUCUGUUACGCCAUUUCCGAGUCGUCUGUUAAUUAAUUUUAUAAUAAAUGUUAAAAAUGCUUAAAAAUACUAAACGGAAUAUCGAAAUUAAGGUAUUUGAUGUCGGAUCAUGAGCAAAAUUGUACGAAUAAUCAAACGCAAGCAGUUGGCGCUCUUUCUUCCAUCGAUAGUUGAAGAAACAUCGAUGUAUCGAUAGUAACAAUGAAGUUUUUCAACCUUCAGCAGCUUUACUUGAACUCCGCGGAAUUUUCGUUGCAAAUACUAUUUGCCAUUUUUACAGUGAAAAUAAAGUGCUUUGUUUUUCAAAAACUUAAUCUUUUCCACAGAAAAAAGAAGAUGUCGGAGAAUAGCUUCAACUCAAAGUAUUUGGACGAUGACGAUGAGGACGAUGCGAUUGCUGCCUCUGAGGGCAAAGUUUCGAGCCAGGUGGCCAAGCGCAUCUGGCAGCCAACCAUCGAUGAUACUACCCCUGGGGUCUGGGAGCCGCCCGCUCUAGCGGUGAGCGGGACCGCCUCGGACUUUAUACACGAAGUGAUGCGCUCUCUCUACGGCGACAACAGCAAGGAUCCGGAGAACGGCUCCGCCCAGUACUUCAAGGCGGCCGAGAAUUAUGCGCUGUUUGGCGCCAACUACAUGGGCUUGGAGGAGGACAAGAACAAAAAACCGCCGCCGGGCUUCGACCAAAGCUCCAGUCAGAUUGCGGCUGGAUCGGCCGGAGUAUCCGGCCAAAGCUACUCGGGGGGACCCUCUUCAUCCGGAAUGGGCGGCAUGGCAAUGUCCCAGCAGCCGCAGCACAAGGCCGCGAAUCAGCCAGGACCUGCAGCGCUGCUUCCACAGCAGCAGCAGCAUCCGCGUCAUCCUUCGCCAGCGACAGUGCCCAGGGUCAUAGCCGAGGCAGCAGCUCUGGCUGGAGCUGGGGCUGGCAUCGACAUGGCCUGCACGCCCAUGGACAUCUGCCCAGUGCCACGGAAAUGGCCAUCGGACACAUUUACCAGGAGCUCAUGGGCAUGAAUUUCAAUCAGGCCAAUAUACAGCAGCAGCAGCAGCAACACCACCACCAGCAGCAGCAGCAGCACCACCACCAGCAGCAGCAGCAGCAGG